UUGUCCCCAAGCCCCCAGGAUAUUUUGAUCUUCAUUCCUCUGAUCAUUCCUCGACUGAUCUUGAAUGUAAUAUUGUAGCCACAGCGGCUUUCGGGAUCAUUAUCAUAGGAUAAACAGUACGAACAGUCACAGGAAGUGAUAUAGGAUGGUUAAGUAAGUUGUUUUGAAAGUGUCGUUUUCGCUUUCGCCGACUUCGUUUGUGAACAGAAAAAUUUUUAGGGAAUCAAAACGAAACAAGAGGAGAAAUGGUUUAGGAUGUAACACUGUCGCCACGUCAAAUGGAAGCUGGGAAUGAAGAAGAUUAAGGGGAAGUUGGCGAAACGAAGUUCUCAGACGCAACUUCAAGUGAAUCACCACAGUGCAGCUGACUGGACUAAGUAUGAUGAGCGACUUAUUGAGUGUGUUGAGAAUGGAGAUGUGGAGAAGCUCAAGUCAACAUUGGCAAAAAAAGGAACAUCAGCCACUAAGGUGGAUCCAAAUGGAACAACAGCGUAAGGAAAUAUCCAAGUAUAUAAAUUUUAAGUCAUGACAGUCAAAUCUCUAGUAAAUAUAUUAUACAUGUAGUCGUUUCAUUGUAUGACAAUUUUUUUUUUACUUACAUGGUUAAUGGUCCAAAGUGUCUGCUCAGAAAGCUGGACAACUAAAAAUAGGAAGAUCAAUGCCUGAUUUUUUGAAGGCAUGUCAGAUGUUAGUGACCAUGCGCAUGGUGUUGAUGUACAGUCGCUAAUCAUGGACUGAAUGUGAACGAAAAUAAUCGUAGUCAUAGAUUCUCUGUUAUAUCAGCUUGUGGUGUUGUUGUUUGAAUCUCCUCUCUUUUGCCCGGUUAGCGAGUAACAAGCAGAAAACUUUACACGACUCACUGAAAUUCUUGGUGGCGGCAUUACAUUUUCAAUCCCAAACAGUGCAGAGUUUGCAGCAUUUACAGCGUUUGCAGCGUUUAAAACAUGUCUAAUGUUUGUUUGGUUUCCUUCUAUUGUUCGUUUCGUUUCGAACGUUUAAUUGCGCACCUCAAGUUUAUUUAUUCAAAGACCUACGUGAUUGGUUGACAUUGCAAGGGAUUUCCAGGGACCCUUCAUGCAAAAAACUGGCUUGGUAAACAAAAUGAUCAUCUGUUUGUUGCAACCAAUUUUGUAGUGUUUUGAAAACUUCUGACAGGUUGUUUUGUGCAGACAAGAAAAUGCACGUCAAAAUUGAAAGAUCUUAUCUUCCACUGAAGUUAAGAUCAAUUGCUCAAUUAACUAAAAAUAGUGUCACAAAAAUCAAGAUAUAUCAACUGAUAAAGCUAUUAAAUAAGGCUCGGUUUAAACGUCGCAUUUUACAUGUGCCGAAUCGAAUUGCUGAAUUAAGUGCGUGUAAAAUGCGACGUUUAAAUCAAUUAAAUGCGACAUAUUUCAAUUAAAUGUGAGUUCAGUCGAGUAUUUGACUGAAGUUCAACAGUUGAUUUAAAUGCCACAUUUUACAUGUGCCGAAUCUAAUUCAUAAAUUAUGUUAAAUAAAUUAUGUUAAAUAAAUUGUGUGUGCUCGAAUGGGAAUUAACACGUCGCUAUCGCUUGCGCUCAACAAUUUUAUUCAGCAAAAAAAUGUGACGUUUAAAUCAAAUCAGCCAAACUUAUUCAUUCGAGUCGACUAAAAUUAGUAUUUGAUUUGGCGCAUGUAAAAUGCGACGUUUAAACCAGGCCUAAAAAAAAAAAAAAAUGGAUAAAUCAGUGGUAACCUUUCUGCUUCAUUCAACCUGGAAUUUUACUAGCCGUGAGAACCAACGAUUCUGAUUGGCCAGCCUGUAAUUGUAUUGUAUCAAAAGUUAACAAAAAGAGUCAACACAAUUGUUUCAUCUGGGAUCCGUCUAGGUUUUUUACGAAGGCACAGGAGGUUUCGUUUGUACUUUAAAACAAGUUGUCAUGUUAAACAUGCCUUAAUGUAACAGAAAUUGACAUGACAUGAGUAAUUUAAUGCUGCCACUGAAAGCCACGAAACUUUCAGCUGAUCCCAAGUUCACUGAGUUCAAACCUCUCAUAGCACUGGCUAAUCAUGUAAUAAAUUUAGGAAGAGCAGCGUGGUUCUGGUCCAGUUUAGGAACAAAAAUGAUACUCCAACAGUCUUCCAAGUACUGUUUACAAGCAAUUUACUUCAAACAUUUUGCACGUUUUUUCGAUGCAUUGGGAAAGCAGGCUUGCCAAUGCUUUCAGUGAAAUAACUCUAAACACAUCCUUGAAUAAUGCUGAAGAACAUUUUAAAUGAUCUGCGCAUUGGAAGAUUUAUAAACUAUGUAAAAUUUGCAUUCAUUGUGCCUAAACUGUGCUUGCCUGUGCCUGAACUGUGCAUCAAUUGAAGCUGAAGUCGAGAUUCAUGUGCCAGUGGCAAGUCACCAAGCAACAGACGCAAGAACAAGGACGCCAAAGAUAGUUCAAAACCCGGGUUGUAAACGAUACUCAAAAUAGAAAUCAAACGAAUAAUAGAAAUGAUACGAACGUGUGAUAAAAACAAAACGCACAAUAAAAACAUUGCAAACGAUAGAAACAAUCCAAAUGAUGGAAACAAAACGAACCAAACGAACGAUGUGAACGUUUUCACAAGCUGGACAAAACGCUUAUGUUUAACGUUGAAAUUCGGACCAAAACUUUGGUUCAAAAAUAUGAAUGUAACGCUAGAAAAUCACUUUUAUCUUUGGUUGUGUUGACUUUCUGUGAAAAAUACCUAUUCAACUUGAUUCUGCAACUCAUGUGCACCUUGAUUUUCAAGACUUUUGUCUCAAAAUUUUAACAGCAACAGAAAGGAUGUCAAAAAUUUCAAACUCGUUCACUCCUGUUUUUAUCGUCAAUUUCCUGUAUGGUGUUUUCAUUUUGUUUUCAAGUGAAAGUAAGUAGAUAUUCUGGGAUUUUCUCAUUAGGAGAUAAAUGCACAUAUAAUUUACUUUCAUUUGAUGCCGCCAGAUUGUUAUAGCUGUCCUUAAAUUUUAUACUCCACCGUGUUUUUUAGCAUUACAUAUUUUGUAGCGGCUCGGUAGACCAACACUGUGCGCAUGGCCUAGUACAUGGCAGAACCACAAAGCCUUUACCGUCACAGCUAUCAGGUAUUUAGUGGAAAGAAUGGCCGAAACUCCUUGGAAUUGUCAAAACUGUAAUAUUGACAAUAAUUAUGCUCUCUCAUCAUAGGCCUGCAGUGCCUGCAGAGAGCUAUAUAAUAAAACUCUCUGCACGCAUUGCAGGCCUAUGAUGAAGGAUCAUUGAAGGGGUGACUGCAAAACCAUGCUAAGUGACGAUUUGGGUGAAAAAAAUAUUUGCGAAAGUGCUUGAAUUUUUGCAUGUGGUCCUC